AUGGCUUUGAAGGAGAAGGCUUCGCAUAUCUCAAGAGUCCCAGCGGUAUUGGGAUCAUAUUUCCUCGGCGAGAACUUGGGCACCUUGGGCAAACUCGGAUGCGCCAUCUGUCUGAUUGGAUCCGUCGUCAUUGUGUUACAUGCCCCGCCGGAUAAAGAGGUCCAGACGAUCGAUGAGAUUCUCAAUUACGCUGUUCAACCUGGCUUCCUCUUCUAUGUGAUACUGGUCAUCAUCUUCUCAACUGUCAUGAUCUACCGCAUAUGCCCGCGCUACGGACGCAAGAACCCGCUGAUUUACAUUUCCAUCUGCAGCACUGUCGGCUCCGUCUCCAUCAUGGCCGUCAAGGGUGUCGGUAUCGCCGUCAAGCUGACAUUUGCUGGCUACAACCAAUUCACUCAUCCCAGCACUUACGUCUUCAUCCUCGUCACGGUUGUCUGCAUCUUGACGCAGAUGAACUACUUCAACAAGGCUUUGAGCCAGUUCAACACUAACAUUGUCAACCCGCUAUACUACGUCACCUUCACCACCUGCACCCUCGUCGCAUCCUUCAUCCUCUUCCAAGGCUUCAACACUAGCGAUGCUGUCAACACAAUCUCACUCCUCUGCGGUUUCCUCACAAUCUUCACUGGUGUCUAUCUCCUCAAUCUUUCGCGUGAAGACCCCGAAGGCCACAGCCACAUGCAGCUGAACGGAAACGGCAGCCGCUUCGACCUUGACGGCAUUCCCACCGAUCCCAUGUCUGGUCCUCUGACCCGUCGCUCAAUGCAAGCUCGCCGCAGCUCCGAUGCGCACCGUCGCUCGAACAGCCUCAACCUGUCGUUUGCUGGCAGAAGAUCUGGUGAUCGUGAUCGAGAAGCCUUGAUGCACAACUACGAUGUUGAGGCCACCAAUGGCGGUUUCAGCCUCGGUGACUUGGCCGAGAGCGACGAUGAGGGUACAGGCAGGUAA